UCUGCUUGUUCCAGUUAUUGUUUUAAAAACUAUGAAUGAUAAAAUUAACAUAAAAUCAAUAAAUUCUAAUUUAGAACAAGAAUUGAUUAUAUUAAUCCAAAGAUAUUUGAAAAAUGAAUCAACCCCUAUUCCUACAGAGGAUGCUAAUUUUCAAGCUGGUCAUUUUAAUCUCCCCAAUGAUUAUAUUCUUCAAAUAUGUCGAAGAUUUUGCAAUUAUUUAGAAAAUGAUCUAAGUCCAGCUUUAGAACCCAUGAGGAAACAUUUACGAUCUAAUAACACCUUAUUUCACACUCUGGAAUCUUCAAAUGCCGAAAAUUACCAUCACCCUUUUGUCUACACUAAAGCUUUCAACGGGCGCCCUCCGUGCACAUCUAUUCACAAUAAACACAAAAUUCCUCAGCAAAUUCGAGCCAUUAUUGGACGUGAAAUCACGGGAACAGGUCGAACCGAACAUAUAUUACCUACGAUUGCUUACCAGAAACAUUUCUCACUGUAUACCUGUAUUUUGGGUCAUUUAUCUUCCGUUUAUUGCGUUUGUUUUGAUCGCACAGGCCAUUAUAUCAUAACUGGGGCAGACGAUCAUCUGGUAAAAAUUUGGGGCGCUUGGGAUGGAAGGCUAUUGGUUACAUUACGAGGCCAUUCGGCUCAAAUAACAGACUUAGCUAUCGAUUGGGAAAACACUUUACUUGUUGCUAGUAGUGUCAACAAAAUCAUCAGAGUUUGGUCUAUGUCUAAAAACUUUUGUCCCAUAGCUAUUUUAACCGGGCAUUCGGCCAUGAUUACUAUGUUACAAUUUUCCCCAUAUUGUUUGACCGAUAAGAGGUACCUUGUAUCAUCUGGAAACGAUGGAAAUGUUUGUAUAUGGACAUAUAGUUGCAAACAACAAGAAUUCGAUCCCAUUCCCAUCAAAUUUAUUGAAAGGACUAAACCUGGAAACCAAAUGCUAUGCUCGUCAUUCAGUUCAGGCGGUGUUUUUUUGGCAGCCGGUGGUUCAGAUCAUUUCACGAGGAUAUAUUAUUUCGGCAAUGAAAGACCCGAGAAAAUUGAUGAGCUGGAAACACAUACGGAUAGAGUCGAUAGCAUAAAAUUUGCAAAUCAUUCUCUACGUUUUAUAACUGGCAGCAAAGAUGGACUGGCUUGCAUUUGGACUUUGGUGAACCGGAAAUGGAUUCCUUUAACAUUACAAAUGGCCACUAAAUUACCGAACGCUCCUAAAGAGGAUGAUAGUAAAUAUUCUAAAUUAAAAGUUUCAAUGGUAUCAUGGAAUUGUAAUGAUAGCCUGGUUUUAACAGCUAUGAGUAACUUUAGAAUUAAGAUAUGGAAUCCUUAUAAAGGCUACUUACUCCACGAAUUAAAAGCUCACUCAGACGACAUAUUUGUAUUAGAACAACAUCCCAAAGAUCCUAAUUUGAUGAUUAGUGCAAGUCACGAUGGGUAUAUUAUAUUGUGGGAUAUAUCGUCGGGAAUAGCAGUCAAUAAAAUUUUUAACAACAUAGAAAAUUAUGGCCACGGCGCUAUAUUUGAUUGCAAAUUUUCGCCACACGGUUUGCUCAUGGCCGCCACGGACUCUCACGGUCAACUUAGUAUAUUCGGUUUCGGUUACAGUGAUGCUUAUAAUAAUUGUCCGAGGGAACAGUUUUUCCACACCGAUUUCAGGCCUUUGGUCAGAGAUGCUAAUAAUCAUGUUAUAGAUGAACAAACUCAUGUAGAGCCCCACCUGAUGCCCCCGCCUUUUUUGGUCGAUAUAGACGGGAACCCUUACCCUACCCACAUUCAGAGGAGAGUGCCGGGUCGUUAUAAUUGUGUAACGGAGCAAUUGGUUCCUAACGUGUUACCCAACGAAAGAGGUGAAAUGGAAAUAAUGGAUAUGCCAUACAGCGAAAAUGAUCAGGAUGACCGUAAUAACAAUGUUAUUCCUGGUUCAAAUAGUGUCCACGUGGAAACACCUGGAAUACCUGAUCUUGUCAAUAAUGAAACAGUUGACGUAGAUAUCAAUAAAAACUCCACCUCAGACCUCAAAUAUAUAGAUGACGCCAUCAUAAGAUGCCAGGUGGAAAAAAAGAAAUCUUGUUCUGAAUGGGAAAUUCAGGAGUUCACUUACGAUGAUAAUAAACGCAAAAUUAGGGCUGCUCGUUUAAAUUUUUACUAUAGUUCAUGCCUUGAUAAAGGUUCUGUUGUUGCUUCAACAAAUUACACUGUAGAUAGUCGAACUGCUAAAUCAUUCAUUGCUAAUUCUGAUACAAUUCCAAAUCAUGUUAAAUAUGAAACUAAAUCUCAAUCAAAACCUAUAGUCAAACCAGGGGAUAUUUUAAAAGGAGAUUUAUUUAUAUCCGACUCAAAAUCUUAUUUCAAAUCUAGUCUUAACAUAAACUUACCUAACCACUCAUCCGAUAAUUCACGCGACAAAAAUAUAAAGAAGGUCAUUGGUAGUGCAAGUAUAAUAAAGAGAAACAAAAACGCCGCUAUGAUUAAUUUAUCUCCAUCCCUAUCUCCAACAUUUGGCAAUCACAGUCGCAAAGAACAUCUGCCUCCUGCUUUCGCUCGAGAUAUAGACGAGGAGGAAAGCGAUAGUACCGUUUAUUCUGAUUGGGAAAUUGAACACGGCGUUUCUUUACCUUCCUCAAAAUCUAUUCCCAUUACCAUACCAUCCCAAAUAUCGGGUAGGAAACGUAAGAAACGAAAUGAUCUGAUCGUUACAUCGAAAAUUAAUAAGAGAUGCUUUAAAAUUGGCAAGAGAAAGAUAUCAACUCCAAGAAAUUUAUUAAACAAUCAUAAUAUUGAAAAGAUCGCUACUUCAACCAGAAAUUCAUCAUCCCCAUCUCAGAGUAACUCUACUGGAUCAUCAUCACAUUCGUCACUUACUACUACUCGCCGCAAUAAACGUUACGAUGUUGUCAAUAAAAUAUAUGGCAGGAGGAAACGAUUAAAUCAUUCACGAAAGAAUUUUACUAAGGGAACAAGGUUGCUCUCUAAACAGAGUGACAUUAGUAAAGCUGUGUCUCAUAUUGCCAAAACAGCUGUAUAUAAUAUUUCCGACGAUCAAAAUAAUAACUCAAGGUAUAAAUAUAAUCAUGUACACUCGCUUAAUAUCGACCCACCUCACCGUUGGUGCCUUAGGACAAAACGAAACAAUAGUAUAGAAGCGAUGUGUAAGUCGUAUUCUGAUACCGUCUCUAAAAGAUUCGAAUGUUCGACGAAUUCUAAUAGAUUAAUCCAAGAUCCAUCGCCUCAUUCUCAUGCUAUGCGAAACAAUAUCGGCAUUCAGCCCAAAGGAUACUAUUUUCGAAGUCACAGAGAAACCAAAGUAUCUUCCAUUGAUAACAAUGAGAAUGAAAAUUUGGCCGAACCCCCGAUUAAAGCUAUUAGUUUGAUUAAAAAAUCUAGCGAUAUUUCUGAUCUCAAAAUAAAGGUCAAAAAUUUAGCCAGCCUUUCAUUAAAUAAUCAGGGUAAUUCAUCGUCUUACUACCAACUCAGAAGACGUAAGUUAAACAUUUCCCAAAAUAUACGAAGUAAUAAUAACAGGUCCCUUAGACCUUCCAGCCGUAUACAAAAGUUUCCUAAUAAAAGUGUUAUUACCAACAUAGAAUGUAGGAAGAUAUCCCAAGACAAAUCUCCUUUUAUAAAGGAUUCUCAUAUUUUCAAUAUAAAAGACCCAACCAAUUUCUCAACUACUGCCCACGCUUACUUCACUCGCGGCAAAAUACCCUCCCAUUUAUAUUCGCAUCCUUCUACAUCCUAUAAUUCUAUUUCCUAUCACACAUCUCAUACAACCCCAUCUCACCAUUCUGAAACAUUGCCUAAUCCUCCCGACUGGAUGAGCCAAAUCACCCCAAAACGGUCACCAUUCGUGCCUCAGAUAGGAGACGAGGUUGUUUACCUCAGGCGAGGCCAUGAAGCGUAUGCCAACGCUGUUCGUGAUUCGUCUAUCUACCCGCUGGAGAUUCGUAACCUACCCUUUUUCCGUCAACCCUCGUUGCCUUCCGUAGUUUUCGCUAGAGUCACUGGCCUGCGUUUCGAAAUUAAGCCUCCUCGCUUGUGUCGAGUUCAACUAACCCUGGUGGAUAAGGAUACGGGUUCUCCUACGGGUGGCUCUUUUUCAUUUAAGUACCACGAUGUACCUGGCGUCGUGGAUUUCUUAUUGCUCAAACAGACUUACGAGGAUUCUCUUAGGGAGACGGAGUCAUUCGUAAAAGGAACAAGAAUAAGAUCAUUUAUUGAUGACGCCUGGUGGCUCGGAACCAUAGAAAGUCUGGAUGAUAUGAAUAUAAAGUAUUUUAAUUUAAAUACCCCUUCACCUCUUGACUCUUCUACUGGAUAUCCCUCUAUGGAAUUUGAUAAUAGUGACUCGUUUUUAAAAUACCUGGUGCUUUGGGAUAAAACCGGCGAGACUGAAGCCUUGAGCCCGUGGGAUAUGGAAAUAUUGCCCGAAGGAGGACACGUUGAAUCCGAGGAUAUAAAAAAACGACAGGGCCUUUUAAAUUACAUGCCCAAGACGGACGAAUGGUCAUCCUUUGGGCAGGAGCAUGAUUGCCAAAGAAUAAGCAGGGGAUUGGAAUCGAUAUGCUCCUUGGCCAUCAGUGAACCCUUUUUAGCUCCUGUUGAUUCCGAAAUUUACCCCGAUUACAUUCAAAUAGUACCUUAUCCCAUAAACCUUUAUCUUAUAAGCGCUCGAUGCGCCAAUCGUUUCUAUAGACGCGCAUCCGCUUUGAUUUACGAUGUCAGACUUAUACUAACGAACGCUAACCUUUAUAACGAGCCAUCAAGCUCUAUAGUUGAACGGGCCCAGAUCUUGGUUCAAUUGUGUUGCGAUUUGGUUACCAACGAACGGAGCCGGCCUUUGGCCCUUUAUAAAACUCUGACAUCCUCUAAGACUUCGACUCGCCUCAUGGAUGAUCGUGCAAAUUUGCGAGAGGCAAAACGAAUAGAUGGCGAGACUUCUGACUUUAAAAAUAGUUAUAAUGCUUCUCGAUCAAGGGUUCCUACAAAAUUAGCUAAUAACUUGUCUUGGAGACAGAAAUGUGAUAUUUUAAUGAAAGAACUAUUGGACAACGAGGAUUCAGAACCUUUUAGAAAGCCCGUCGACUGUUCCGAAUACUCUGAUUAUUAUACAAUCGUCAGGUAUCCUAUUGAUUUGGGUUCUAUAUACAGUAAAUUAAACCGGGGCAUGUAUAAUUCUCCUAAAGAUUUUAGGAGAGAUAUACGUAUGGUGUUCGUUAAUAGCAGGGCUUACAACACUAACAAGAGGUCUCGCAUUUACAGUAUGACUCUAAGGUUAUCGGCUUUGUUCGAAGAGCGCAUGAGAAAGCUGAUCAUGGAUGACGGAAGUUUAAAAAAAAAGGAAGGUUAUUCUUUCAGGGAAAGGAGUUGCAUCAAUAAUUAUAACUACCAAUAUUUGAAUAAUGAAAACCCUUCUACUUCUAGUUUUACUAGGCACGAGUUAUUACGUGAAUCCGAUAUUCAAAUACCUUUUAUACCCGAGGAGUUACCCACACGCACCAUAGAUCUUUCUUUACAAACUCAAUCGAACAUUAAUGACGCAUCAAAUGAUACCGGUGGUAUACGUGCUUUUGAUGAAUCUUAUCAUCGCGGGAAAUUUAAGGGUUUGAGAUCAAUAGCAGCAGAAUCUCGCCAGCAUCAAGUGGCCAAUGAUUUUGCAAUCAAUAAUGACGAUAAUCCAAUUCCGCCUUUUAUCUCAACUGAUAGAGUAAACUUAAACACUACUAUUGCUGGUCAGGAAGCUGACAAUGACGAAAGUGAUGUUGAAUGUCAAAGAGAUACUGUGAUCACCUCCAUAUCUAAAAUAAAAUCGGAUUUGCUUGUAUCAUCUCUUUCAAUAACCCCUGAAUCAAGAAUUGAAUUGUCCUCUUUAACGCCAGAAGUCAUAGAAAAUCAACCAAAAACUGUCAUCAAAUCUGAUGAAAGUUCUAAUGUGUCCGAUGCUUCAUACAAACUCGUUGAUAUUAUAAAUAGUGACGUGGCUAAGCCAUCCAAAAAAUGCGCCCCUAUAUAUACAUCAAGUAAUACAAAUUCUAAUAGUAGCGACACUGAUGACCGCGAAAAUUCCAAAGACCAUUAUUCUAAACCACCUAUCAAUAUUAUUUCUAAUGGCCCAAAAUAUCGUCUCAGGAAUUCGACAACCGUCUCCCAUCAUACGCUUGAUCCUUUAUUGCUGGGAAGCAAAAAAAAAUUGCCUUUUAAUAAAUCUUGUAUAAAUUAUUCGCCCAAAUCGGAACCAACAUCCACAAAUGAUGAGCAACAACAAAUUACCUGGGAAAACGAUGGCGAAAAUGGAGAGAGUGAUUCAGAGUCAAGUGAUAAGGAAACCUACAAUAGGUACAUAAUAAAAACUUCCCAAAAUAUACCCGCUUCGUCUUACAAUACGCGUUCCACUCGAUCCACAGGUAUAAAUAGCGCGGGUAAAAAGGCCGACUCUGAUUACAAACGUGCUAUUAAUUUAUCUAAAUCACUCGUUAAUGACUCGAACACCGACUUAGGGAAAUCAUCUAAUGGUAUUGCAGGUAGCGGUCUCUGUAGAAGGUCACUCAGAAAAGCCCCAAAAAUCAAAUACGAUUCUGAUUUUGAAUAUGAAUGUUGUUAACCAUUAAACCAAACUAAUUAUUUUAAAAACUUACAAUCCUUUUUGGAAUGCUAAUUAUUGAGAUGAUUUGCUAAAUUAUAUUAACUUAAUAUUUUAUAACUAUUUUGGAUAUAACAUGUUUAAAAAAUUUGUAUUUAAUUUUAUAUAAUAUGUAAAAUAGACUGUUCAAUAAUGCUUAUCAAAUUUAUAUUUUUUAAUGAUAAAUAUAUUUAAGGAAUUCUUACCCCAAAAAUAUUCUAAGAGAAACCUCAUGACAUUGCCGCUCAAUUUUAAAUAUUUUAUAAGAAAGACUAUAUAUUUUUUUUACUUUUUAUAUACACCAUUAAAUUAUAUGUAUGGCUAAAAUAAAACCUAAUCUGAAU